CAAAAGAUGGCAGCACUUGUUCUAUUGAUUUUUAAAAUUCGAAUAUUUUUUUUCUUUUUAUAAUAUUCGAAAUUAUCAAUUGAAUUGUGUGGUUGGAAUAUAAAAUUUCGGAAAUUCAAUACAAAAUUAAGAUUUGAAUCUCACGUUUCUAUUGAAACGAACGAACGAUCAAUCAAUCAAUCGAUAAUAAUGAUAAUGAUUAUAUCGAAUCAAACAACAACGACAACAACAACACUUGAAUAUCUAUGGCCAACAUUAUCAACAACACCAACGACAGUAACAACGACGACGGUGAAAAAAUAUGAAUACGAUUAUGUAUCGACUACUACUUCUAGUGACACAAUCAAUGGAUUAAAUGACCCCGAUGAUGAUGGUUGGACAAUAUUGACCGGUAUAUUUAUACUUUUAUGUGUUCUCAUACCAAUGACAUUAUUGACACUUGGAAUUAUAUUGUAUAAUACACAAAAUUUUGAUAAAAUACGUUCAAAAACAUUAAUGUUUAAAUCUUCGGAUACAUUUAAAACAUUUAGUAAUCUACCAACAUUAUCAUCAUCAUCAGUAAAAUCAUCGAAAUCGACAAAAGAUCGAUCAAAAAAAUUGAUCAGAUAUCCAUUUAAACAUGAAAAUUAUCGAAAAUCAUCAACAUCAUCGGCAACAAACUCAUUGUUGACACCAUCAUCAACAUUGACAAUUAGUGGAACGAAAAGAAAAUCAUCAAAACGAUCAAAUAUACCAUUAUUUUCAACAGCAUUGCCACAAACAGCAAAGAAACGACGCUUAUGAAAAGCAUUCAAUUAGAUAAAUGCGUUGGUGGCAACAACAUUUUUUUCUCUCUCUCUCUCUCUCUCUCUCAUCAAAUGAUA